AUGGCUAGCUUCUACGACAACCUCGCUGCCGUCACCGCACGCGGCCUUGUUCAGGCUUGGCCUGAGGGUGCUAACAAGUCGGAUACACUUAUAGCUGACCACCAUUUGAACCUCACGGCCCUCAAGCACUGGAACUACACCUACUACACCAACGACACCAUCUCCAAUGGUUCCAAGUGCUACCUGGUGUUCCCCCCAUACCAGCCCGUGUAUCUCUUCGGCAAUGGCACCUUUAUCAACAAAACAACCUGCUACACGGCCGUCAAAUCAAUUGGCACUCGCGGCCGCACCGGUAUCUGCUUCGCCACAGCCUAUGGCUUCUGUCUUGUACUGCUCCUCGUUGCCCUCGCCAAGCACGGCAAGAACCAUCUAGCUCCCGAAAAGCGCUUCUAUCCGAUCAGUCGGCGGUGGCAAUGGUACUGGGGCAUUUUUGUCUGCGCCUGUGCUUGCAUCGGCCUGUUCAUGAACAUCGACGUUGAUCGCUACUACCUCCAGGAGCUUCCAAUUACCGUCACCGUUUUCUUCUGGUACCUCUUGUGUAUGGGCACUCUUGCUCUGACGUGGGAAUCUGUUCGCCAUUGGGGCAGUUGGCUAGAACGACAAUUUAUCGAUCCAAAUCCAUUUGUCCUCGAGCAACACGAUCGUCGUGCGAUGGUCGAACUCUGGCUACCCAUGUGGUUCUACUUCUGGGUCUGGAUGAACUUCUUCCUCGUCGUGCCUCGAAGUUGGUCCUUCACUCAGAAGCAGCACUAUCCUGGGCAAGCCCUAGAGGUUGCCAAACCCGCUGCAACAAGCGGUCGCUUCAAGGCCGGUGCCUUCUGCCUCAUUGUUGCCUGGCUCACUAUGCUCUUCUCUCUGCGGCACUCGAUUAAGAAUUAUAGGGAUCGUCACCGCGGUAUCAUUAACCGCGCCCUCGGCUUCACAAAGGCUGUGCCAUGGCGCUUCUACCUCACUAUUCCCAUCACCGCAGCCCUAAUUGCUUACCAGGCUUUUAUCGCUUGGGAGUGGGAAUACUCUCUAAUUAGAAUCGGUACUCCGAUUUACAUCAUUUUCAUUUGGGGCUACACUCCAACGCUCCUCAUCCUGCUCGUCCAAAUCGUCUACGGAUUCACAACUCCAAACGAGGACGAAGAACUCAUCAGGCAGAGACAUGAGAGGAAUGACAGGAUAGACCAAGAGCUUGGCAUCGUCAAGAAGCCUGGUUGGUGGCACCGCGUCAAGGGUGAGCACCUGAUGUCACUCCGCGACAAAAUUGCCUCGAACGUGAUGGAGAUCGGCGGCGGAAGGGGUACCGGUCGCCGCGUCGAGACAGGUGCUGAGCGACACGCCCGCGAGGAGGCUCUUGCGGCUGCUGGAGGUCAAGAAAUGGAAAUGUACCCCGUGAUGAGGGCCAAUACUAACAACCCUCGGUCUGACCGAGCCGGUGUCUCCGCUAUCCAUCGCGAACAACAAUCCCUCGCGAGUCGCUACGGCGGCAAGUCGGAACAUCGUCGCCACGAGCGUAUGAUGCAAACCGCCACCGGUAUCCUAUUUCCCAAUGACCUCGAAGCCGAGCGUGCCCGUCACCACGCAGAAAUAUCUCGAGAUGACACUUCUCCUCCACCCUACACCGAUGGUCUCCGUAGUCGCAACAACUCCCGACCCGGGACCAGCCACGGCAGCAGCAGCGCCGAGACAAAUAGCCGCAGCAAUGCUCCGCCGUAUCAAGUCAGAAGCAUGCUGGAUGUCUAG